AUGGCGACCGCCGACGCUAGCGAAACGUACGACGUGGACAUGGACACUGCGGAGCAGCCGGGGGUCGCGGAAGGCGGCGAACACGCCCCCGAGCGCGAGAAGCUCGACUUUGCAGUGCUCGACUACGUCAACAACACCAGGUUCAAGCAUGGCAUCCGCUCGGACGAGUACGGGCGGUACCACGCCUACUGCUCCAAGCGGCUGCGCAUCCUGAGGCGGCAGGGCCGCACGGCACCGAUCAAGCCGAACAAGUACGUAAAGGACGAGAUCGACGAGGAGAACGUGGACGCGAGGUCCCUGGAGAUCCUCACGCUCACCGCCGAGCGCUGCUGGAGCCAUGCCAUGGAGCUGAAGUCGCGCUGCGAGUCGUCGCAAUCCGCGGGUCCUACUGAGCGCCACCAUUACGUGAAGCGGUUUGAGCGGGCGUUCAAAACCGCGUCGCGGCUGGAGGCGCUGUGCCACAAGUUCGGCGACACGAACAGCAUCAACAACGCGAGGGUGUACCGCAACUUCAUGGAGGGCAACGUGCACUUCGAACACGGGCGGUUUGCGGAAGCGUACGCCAGCCUGUCGUCCUACGCCAAUGUCAUGGAGCAGCGCAAGAGGUCGCACCAGGACGACCGCGUGCUUCAGGAGGCCUACGCCUCCCAGCUCAGCAACGUCAACGCGGCGAUCAAGCUGUGCUCGUUCCACAUGAGGGCUGCGGGCGUGACCGCGGCGGCCAAGCAGCCCGCGCGUGAGGACGACCCGAACGCCGAGCUCAUCGCCAUAGUGCCAGACGACUCCGGCAACCUGGCGGUAUACUGCAGGGGCUCCCACGUGAACGUCACUUCUCAGUUUUUGUUGCAGCAGCUGCUCGACGCGAUCAACGCGACCCAGAAGCUGGUUGUGACGGAGGACGUCCUCACGCGGCUGGUCAACGCGGCCGACGUGGACGCGGCGCUGAAAGGCGAGCUCUUUGACGCCUUCGGCACCGACGCGCUGCUGUCGUCGUACGAAGAAAUCAUGAUGCCCAUAUCGGAGGUCAUCGACGCCAUACACUCCGAAAUGAUGUCCUCCAUAGACAACCAGGAGCCCCUGCGGCAGGUGGAAGGCGUAGUAGCGUACGUCAAGACCCUACUCGAGAUGGAGAAGUGCGCGCUGGUGCAGGUCAUGACGCUGCACACCAUGUUCCAUGAGCACGGCAAGGUCGACAAGAACUCCGGGCUGCCGGACUGUGGGGAGGCGCUGCGGUUCACCCACAUGCUGAAGCAGCACAUCGCCACCCUCAUGGGCGACUCCAAGAUGGGGCAGAUAUUCCUCAUGCCGCAGGAGGUCACCAAGACGGUCAACGGCCUGCUGCUCGGGAUGCACAAGCUGGCGACCGGCGAGCACAACGACGGGAUGGCGCUCAUGAACUGGGCCAACAACAGGCUGCAGCAGCAGAUUGAGCACCCCAAGAAGCAGCAGACGCUCCUCAUAUGGCGCACGCUCGUCUGCUUCCAGCUGCUGCACAACACGGCGCGGCUCUGCGCGGCGCGCUUCUACAAACGGACCGUGGCCAUAUACGCCCGGCACACUCUGCAGCUGGCGGACAAGGAAGACGACGGCGAGGCGCCGCUCGACUUCGCGGCCGUGUUCGGGCUGGAAAAACGCCCCCUGCCCGCCAAGCCGAUACUGCUCGACCUGGCGUACAUCCACUACCAGCCACCGCAAAUGGGCAAGAAGACGUCGUUCAUCGGAAACGUCAAGAGCAUGUUCAACUCGUUCUGGCAGUGA